AUGCCCCGAGACGCGGAGCCCUCGCUCAGCGAAAGGGCUUUUCUCACAAAAGCUCUGGAGGAAGGUCUGCGCCUGGACAAUCGCAGAUUCGAGCAGUUUCGCCCGUUGGAGCUGAAUUUUGGGGACGAGUACGGAGUGGCUGAUGUCAAGUGCGGAAAGACGAGAGUCGUGGCCAAAGUCUCGGCCGAGGUCACUGUUCCCUUCCCAGACCGUCCCUUUGACGGCAUCUUCUCCAUCUCGUCUGAGCUGAGCCCCAUGGUCGCACCCUCGUUCGAGGUAAACCGCCCUACGGAGCAAGAGGUCCUCCUGUCCAGGCUGCUGGAGAAGACGAUCCGCCGAUCUGGCGCCCUCGACACGGAAUCGCUGUGCCUGAUUGCCGGGCAAAAGUGCUGGUCCGUGAGGGCCGAUGUCCACGUGCUCUCGCACGACGGCAACCUCUUGGACGUGGCGUGCUUCGCGGUCGUUGCUGCGCUGCGGCAUUUCCGCAAGCCGGAGAGCUCCGUGCAAGGGGAGACGUUGACGGUGUACACCCCCGCGGAGAGGGAGCCCGUGCCGCUGAGCUGGCUGCAUUCGCCGUUCUGCGUGACCUUUAGCUUUUUCGGGGAGCAGGGACGGGCGGGCGGGGAGGAGACGGUCCUGCUGGAUACCACGCUGCUGGAGGAGCUGCUGAGAAUGAGCAGCUGCACCUUCAGCCUGAACAAGCACGGGGAGAUCUGCCAAGUGAGCAAGCUGGGCGGGGGGGAUGUCGACGCGCCCGUCUUGGUGCAGUGCGCCCAGGUCGCUCUGGCCAAGGCCAAGGAGCUUACAGAUCUGGUGGACGGCAAGUUGGUCGAAGAUGGCAAGAGGAGGAAUAGGGGGGGGCUCAUGGCUGAGUUGAGAGCUGAAAAUGACAGAUGA